AUGAUACGAUACUAUCGUACAGCUGGAACCUCGGAAGAUCCCGGUGGUGGUCCCAGCCUAAGAUCGUCUGGUCUGACUCUUGAGAGCUUGAGCUACCACCAUUAUGAUUUAGCAACCUUUUUGCACAUCGCACUGAUUAAUAUCACUUCCACAGACGGGCGAGUUGGCCAGCCUCCAGGAGGCUGCCGCGAUAUGGCCCUAUACGUCUUGUGGGACUUGGGCAGUGUCAUGCCAGAAUCCAAGGUGGUCAUCCUCAAAAAUAUGUUUUUGUUUAUGAGGAUAAUCUCCGUUGCAGCUUCUAGGGAAAAUAACUAUCGGUGGCAAGAUCUUCAUGUUGGCCGGUAUCUUUACUUCACCUUUGCCAACGAUGUCUACAUUCAUCACGCCAACAUUCUAUGUCUGCUUUCCACGUUAAUAUUCUGGCCUGGCUCCUAUUCCGGUGCUGUGCGCGCACUUGGCAUUGCAAAGAUUUUAGUAAUGAUAAAUUUGUAG